AUGCACUCGCAAUUUUCCGCAGCGCUUUUCUUGCCGUCAAAGCGAGCACUCCCGACGCAAGCCAUGCGCCGGGCUAGGUGGCACCUUGCGCUAGGGCUGCUGCUUUUCUCGGCGGCGCGCCCGGCGUGGCUGUCGCUGCCCCUGACGCGUCGUGGGGGUCUGCUUCUGGGCGCGGCGGUGCUCUCGGGGCCCCAGGGCGCUUUCGCGAAAGAAGCGGAUGCCAAAGAUCCAAGCGAGGAGCUCUCGCAGCUGAUCCGCUUCGCGGACGAUCCCGCUCAGAGCGGCUGGCAAAUCCGCCUUCCUCGAGACUGGAUCACCGUGCGGAAGGAGGCGCCCGGCUCCGGCGCAAAGGCUCAGUCUUUGCUGUUCUCGGGCGGGCCGAUUGCAAAGUCUGAAAUCAAGAUCUUGCGGGUUCCCGUUAAGAGCAAGUCAGAGACGAUGGAUUUCUUCUUGUCCCCGUCGCCCAAGAUGACAAAGGAGCAGGCGGCUGCGGCCCUCAGCCGAUCCUACGAGAAGAAGCCGUCUACUUUCCGUUUCAAGCUGCUGGGCAAGACCUCAGCAGAAGAGCGCACCGGUAGCCGCUACCUUCGGUAUGGCUUCAGCGUGGCGCGCUGUGAAGGCUCUCAGAUCCCGGACGCUGCCGGCGAGAAGGCGUGCGUGAGGCCGGGGGAGAAGGAGGCCACAGAGCUAACGAAGAUGGACACCACAGCCAGGCAUUGGGAAGUGGCGACGACGGUCACGACUGAGAGUGCCGGUGAAGCACCAUAUGCGCUGUGGCUGGUUGAGUGUAGCGUUCCCUCGGAGAGCUGGAAGGAGUCUUCCGCACAAAUCAACGCCGUUAUGGACAGCUUUGCUGUUGGGACCAAGGCGCAGCUCGAGGCCCUCGACCGAUGA